CCAGCGCUGCCCGCCAGCUGUUCUGGCAGCCGACUUUGGGCCGCGUGCCUUCAUGGUAUUCGCGAGCCCCUCUAUUAACUCGUGUCAAAGGAUCUGCGCGAGGCGAGUCGCCGCCCCGGGGCACCAAAAAGCAGCAUCGCGGCGCCUUUUCCACCUCCCUGUGCCCGCUGCCAACGGAACAGCCACGCUGGUCGCGUACUUUUAAACAAAAAGCAUCACCUGGUAGCCUUGCCAGCUUUCGGCGGCCUGAGGUCCUGAACUUGUGGAGGCCGCAUUCUUGCGCGGGAACAAAAUGGCCGCAGAGCCUCGGCCACGUUUCCACGUUAUGCCGCCUCAGGGCUGGAUAAAUGACCCCAACGGGCCGCUCUUCUACAAAGGCUAUUACCACAUGUUCUACCAGUACGUGGAGACGGGCUGCCAAUGGUCGUGGGGCCUGAUGUGGGGCCACGCCGUGUCGCGGGACCUAGUGACGUGGGAGCACCUGCCGCCCGCCAUCGUGCCCAGCUUCGGCGGCUUUGACGGCGACGGCUGCUUCAGCGGCUGCGCUACGCUCGACGAGAAUGGCGUGCCCACCAUCCUGUACACAGGCGUCCGGCUGCGCUCCAGCGAGGUGUGCGGCCCACUGCCACCGCCUGAGUGCGACUUGGGCACAGCCUGCAUUGAGACGCAGUGCAUUGCGUACGCCGACCCAGCCGAUCCCAAGCUGACAUACUGGACCAAGGAGGAGGUCCCCUUCCUUGCGCUGCCGCCGCCCAACAUGCAGCUCACCGCCUGGCGCGACCCCUUCGUCAUUGGCCAGCCCGGACAGGACGGCCAGGACUGCUGGACUAUCAUGAUUGGCGCGGGCGUGCGGGACCGCGGCGGCACAGCGCUGGUGUAUCGCUCUCCCACGCUGCGUGGAGGCUCCUGGACCUACGCGGGCGAGCUGUGCCGCGGGGCCGGCGACACGGGUGUCAUCUGGGAAUGUCCUGUCAUGAUGCACCCGCCGCCCCUGCCCGCCGUGACGCGGCUACUCGCGUCGCCGGCAGCGCCGCCCAUGCCCAAGCCCAUGUCAUCGCCGCCCUUUAUCUGCGCCAUUGGCGGCGGCGGCGGUGGCAACAUGGGCUCCGCGCCAAAGCAAGAGGGGCUGGAGGCAGCUGAGGACCGCGGCACGGAGCAGCCCGCCAUCGUGCUGUCACCCACCGCCGCUGUCAUCUCGCCGCCCCGGCCACCGCCGCACGAGCUGCAGCAGGGCAAGGUCGCCGGCUCGCCGGCGGCACCUCACGCCCACAUCCAGUUGCCGGUGGUGCUGCCGUCCUCACCGCGGCCGCCUAUGGUGCGCCAUCUGGCAGACGCCGCGGGCGCCGCCGGCGCGACCAACGCUGUGGCGGCAGCGGCGGCAACGGCAGCCGCCGCUGCCUCUGCUGUGGGCCCCUACGGCGGUGGGACCACAUCCGCAAGCCUGGGGCUGGUGGCGGCGGUGAUGUCGCCGCGCCGGCCGUACCCCAUGGUGUCAGUGCCGGCGGCGACUGGGCCGGCCAGCAGCCCGCUGCGCUCGCCCGCGCGGUGGAAGCUACCCUCCACGCUGACGCCCCUGCCGCUGCCGCCGUCGCCACCACCGCCCCUGGUGCCCCAGUCGCCCGGAAGCGUUCUGCGGCACAUGACCAGUCCCGGCGGCCGGUACGCUGGCGGCUACCCCUCCGCCGUCUCCCCGUCCGCCGCCUUCGGCGCUCUUGGCUCGAGCGCCGCCGCCACCAUCAACGGCGCUCGCCUGCGUGCCACCACGCCGCCGGCCUCGCCCCGCAUCGCGCGCCUACCGCUGCUGCCCACGGCGCCCUCGCCGCGGCCGGCAGCUGGCCCGGCAGCGGCGGCGGCAGCGGCGCCGUGCACUGACGGCGCCGCUGCAUCCAUGAGCGAGGGCAAGCGCAGCGCCUCUGGCAUGGUCAUGGCCCUGCUGGGUGCGCCCGCAGCAGCCACCUCUCCCGCCAAGCCCGCAACACCCGCGCCGGCAUCGCCCGCCACCGUCAUCCCGGACCCGGGCCCGCCUCUCAUCACGGCAAAGCUCCAACUUCCCAAACAGCAGACUGUCACGGCGCAGGAAGCCCAGCAGCACCAGCAGCAGCACCUGGACGCCGCGCCGCCGCCUGGAAGGCUGGCGGCGCGGCAGCUGCGCCGGCAGCAGCUUUUGCAGGCGCACGGCUCCUUCUUCUGCGUGUGUCCAGACGACUGCAACAGCAUGUCGGUGUACUACCUGGGCGCCUUCCGGCCGGCGGCGGGCGCCUUCGACCUGGGCAGCGCGCUGGGGCCGUUUCGCCUGGACCUGGGCGACAUCUUUUACGCCCCCAACACGCUGGCGGACCCCCAGGGCCGGUCACUGCUGUGGGGCUGGCUGCAGGAAAAGCCACGCAAGGUGGGCGAGUACGACUACGCUGGCUGCCUGUCGCUGCCGCGGCUGCUGUACCUGGAGGUGAACGAGGAAGCUCUGGACCAGGAGGAGGAGGAGGCGGCCUCAGUCGCCACGGGCGCCACCAUGGACGGCCUUCCGCUCACGCCCGGUGUAGGCGGUGCCGGCCAGCAGCAGUCGGGCCGCCGCCGCGGGCCCGCAGUGCACCUGGUACAGCGGCCGCCGCCGGAGCUGGCCAAGCUGCGGGUUCCGGGCCGGCAAUGGUGCUCCGAUGGGCUGCUGCUGGAGGCCGGCGCCACCACGCCCGUGUGCCUGCCCGCCUCAGCCGCCAGCCAUCUGGAGCUGGAGCUUUGCAUGGCGCCGCUGCCGCAGCCCCUCAUGCCGCAGCCAACCACACCCGCCACUCCUUCAGGCGCGGCGGGCGGGGCGGCGGCGGCGGCUGCAGCUAUGUUCGGGCACAGCCGGCAGCACGGCGGGCCGAGCGCGCCCGCUGCCGCUGCGGGCGUGGUGCCGUGCCCGCAGGGCACCUGCGGCGGCGGUGGCAGCCGCUGCAGCGGCGUGCUAUUGCACAGCUGGCGCGGCGGCGUGGAGGGCGGCGCUGCGCUGCUGUACCACUGGGACAGCGGCGUGCUGGAGGUGGUGUUUGAGGCGCUGGACCCGCACACGCUCACCUUCAGCCUGGCGGCCCCCGGCGCGCGGCGUGUGGGCGGCCCGCUGCUGCGCCCGCCCGCGCCCGGCCAGCCGCUCAGCCUGCGCGUGUUUCUGGACUACUCCUGCCUGGAGGUCUUCACCGGAGACGGCGAGGUGCUCACAGCGCGAGUCUACCGAGGCGUGCCGCCGGCGCCGCCGCCUGCGCCGCGCGGUAGCAGCGGUCGCGGCAGCUCAAGCGGCGGCGGCUCCGCCGCCACGACGCGCCGCGUGUCGCCGCUGGGCACGCCGCGGCGGCAGCAACAGCAGGCAGCGGUGCUGCAGGCGCUGCAGCUGAAGGGGCUGGCGCUGCCGGCUUCGCCCUCGGCUGCGGCGGGGAUGCUGCCGGACCCGUUCAACCACGAGCAGGGCCACCACGGCCCGCACCACCACCUGCUGGCACAUGACGCCUACGCGUCGGGCGGCGCGGCGGCAGCUGGGGUGGAGCUGGUGUCGUUCGGGUGCGCCACGGAGUUCGAGAGCGUGGCGGCGUACGAGGUGGGCGAGAUUUGGGUGGACUGUGCAUGAGCAGUGUGAGACGCUUUUGUAACAUAGCCGUGUGUUUUAAACCCAGGUUGGGCGUCGUCGCGGGGUGUGCACAGGAUGUUCUUUUAAGGCAUGCAGGAUGUGUAUUUUAUAGUAGUAGUAACUAUGGUUUAUGGGCGGAGAAGCGUCUGCAGGAUGUUUUGUAGGCCGUGCUGCAGGAUCCUCGCGCGAAGGCAAACAAGUAUGGGCUGGAGAGGGCGCGGUACAGGUGCAGGCGAGUGAGGCGGCACGCGGGCACGGUCUUGUGCGUGCCAUACAUCUGAGCAGGAGGAAGGGCGGUUGGUGCAUUAUUGGGAGUUAAAUGACCCGUGAUAACCAUGAAUCUGUCUGACACCACGAUGUCUGACCCGAACGUGUGCAGCACGGUAUGUGGCGUCUGAUUCGGGUUCGGGGCUUGUUCGAUGCUCUUCGCGUCCGGCUGCCGCGUCCGUGCUGAUGGCUAGACCAUUGAUCACGUUGAAACAACAUGCUGUCGAUGGCUGUCAGGCUCACAGGCUGUCAGCGCCGGACAGUCGAGAUUAUUAGCUGUUGGCCUUAGGCCCAAGGUAGGAUGUGGGCAAGACAGAGGG